UGCGUCCUCCUAGCCGGAAGAGGGAGAUACUGCAUCCGGUUCAACCACUUGAGUUUUGAAGAGACACUCAUCUUGUGGGCAUGAACACACACACAGCUAAGUCUCCUGUAUUAUUGACUAUAUCGUACAGUGAGACUUCUUAGACUGCAUCAACUUGUCCGUGAGCAUCUGGGUGUCCAACCCCAACAGAAAGAGGAAGAAACAUGUCGACAGUCUUCUCUUUCCAGACGCAGCUCGUCUCCAUCAUGGACGCGUUAUCCAAAACAGCUGUGAUGGAAAUCAGCAAACUGGUGGAGAUCGAGUCGAAGAUGCUGAAGAUUGAAAUAACUCGAGGGCGGAACGAGAUCUCCUCGCUGUCAGAGAAACUGCAGCUGAUGGAGAAACUGCUUUAUAUCGCUCAAGGAGGCAGACAGCUGCAGCUUCAGGAGGACGCAGCAGCAGCAGCAGCAUGCUCGGUGGUGGAGGACGAGAUACUGGAGCCUGACAGGACGAGACCUGUUAUAAAAAGUGAAAGUCCAUGGGAAAGUUCCUCCACUGAGAUGAGCAAGUGGCAUCAUCUUCAAGGUGAAGAGCAUGCCAUAGUUGAACUCCAACUGAAAGAGCAGCCUGAGCUUAUAGUGGUGAAGGAGGAGCCAUCAGAGGUGGACAACAGAGACUGUGAACAUGAUAGGACAAGUGAAAAUAGAAGGGGAGCAUUCACAGACACCCAGAAGAGUCCAGAAGUGAUGCAGUGUCCCAAACACGUCGCAGAUCGUCAGCAGCCUCUGUUUAUCGACAGCUUCGUGACCAUGAGCAGCCAGCCGUCCCUCGCCGGACCAGGGAGGAGGGAGACACAGUGGAACCCACAGCUCACACCCGCACACACAAACCUAGUGGCUGGGAAAAACCUGGCUCAAAACGUCGCCUCCCAAGGCUUAAGUGUGCUCAGGAAUAUGAAGCUUCACAACUUGAGGAACUCGGCCGCUAAGAGGUUCGGCUGCUUACAGUGCGGCAAGAGCUUCAGAUGCUUCAGCCAGCUUGAAAUACACCAGAGGAGUCACACGGGAGAGAAACCGUUCAGGUGCACUCUGUGUGGAAAGAGAUACGCACAAAAGGGGCAUCUGUACACACACCAGCGUACACACACCGGGGAGAAGCCCUACCGCUGUCCUAUUUGUGGAAAGGGCUUUAUUCAGAAAUGCACUCUCGACAUGCAUCAGCGUACACACACCGGAGAAAAACCUUUUGUUUGUAUUAAAUGUGGCAAGGGCUUCACUAAGAACUGUAAUCUGAAAAAACACCUCGCAGUCCAUCUAGAUCCUAGUUUGAACAUGUACGGGAGUGAAUCAAGUGUACCGACAUUUAGUGGGACGUUCAUAAAUGGAAACACAUAAAACGGCCAGUCAAAUGUAAUGUAAUGUACUUCUGCUACUGUUUGAUUGAAAUAUUUUGUUAAAUUUUAAUGAAUAAAGUUAUCUUUGCUCCAGA